ACAUCAAAGCCGCGUUUGUCCUUCGCUUUUUUCCUCCUAUCGGCUGCCGUAGUGCGUACACCGAACCCACGUGGUCAAUCAAAACAUCAUGGCGGCUGGUUUCAAGACUGCUGAACCUCUGGAGUACCACAGAAGCUUCCUGAAAGAGAACUGUCGACCUGAUGGACGGGAGCUGUCAGAAUUCAGAACAACAACACUGAACAUAGGGUCCAUAUCCACAGCAGAUGGCUCGGCCUUGGUGAAAGUUGGAAACACAACAGUCAUCUGUGGGAUCAAAGCGGAAUUGGCGAAUCCUACAGUUGAUGCACCUGGUAAAGGUUACAUAGUACCAAACGUGGACCUGCCGCCUCUGUGUUCCUCUCGUUUUCGACCGGGUCCUCCAGGAGAACAAGCCCAGGCUGCCAGCCAGUUUAUCGCUGAUGUCAUUGAAAGCUCCGAAGUGAUACAGACGGAGGACUUGUGUAUCGACAGAGGAAAGCUCUGCUGGGUGCUCUACUGUGACCUGAUGUGUCUGGACUAUGAUGGAAACGUGUUGGAUGCUUGUAUCAUCGCUAUGCUGGCUGCUUUAAAAAACACACAACUCCCAGAGGUCACCAUCAACUCAGAGACGAGUGCACCAGAGGUGAAUUUAGAAAAGAGACGAGGACUGCACGUUCACAAACAUCCAGUCGGUUCCUCUUUUUGCAUCUUUGACGACUCCAUCCUGAUCGUAGACCCGACGUCUGAGGAGGAGAGUCUGUCCACGGCUCAGCUCACUGUAGUGACGGACGAGGAGGAUCGACUCUGCGCUGUACACAAACCAGGAGGGACGUCGCUGUCAGGAGAGAAGCUGCAGGAGUGCAUCAGCAGAGCGGCGACGCGUCAGAGAGAGAUCCAGAAACUCAUCCACAAAGUCAUCCACAGCGUAAAGACAGGACAAUAAAGAGCCUCAGACCACGCUGUUUAUCUAAAAGCUGUAUUUUUCACUGUCAAUAUAUAUUCUUUUUUUUAAUAACAAUAAAACUGCUGACAAAGAAUCCUUAAAAAAUUA